AUGCGCGGCGCGCUGAGGUGUAGUGCCACUGUUCGCCAUCCUCGAUUGUUACGGCCAUUGGCGGAUGGCGGCAGAUUUGCGAGGACGCUUCGGACGAGCGCAACACCGCAGGCCUUGAGAACAGGCUUAUAUUACCGGCAAACACAGCAAGCCCUUACGAUCCAAGGCGCCAACCUAUCGACGUCAUGUUUAAAUCGAUCGCGAUCGAUGGCAACAGUAGUCGAUGCUGAACCUGUACAUGGCGGAGGUCCAAUUCCAGAGUAUGACAGAAGAGUACAGGCGGGCAGAUUGCGAAACGAUGAACACCAAAGAGGUGAGGAUGUCGGAAUCCAGUCAGGAACAGAAAUAUGACGCCCCACCUGUCCAGCACCCCAGCAUCGAAUCCCUCAAGCCCUCGAAGAAGUCAAUAUUCUCGUCGCUUUUCGGCGCAGGCGGCAGCAGGUCGGCUACUGGGGACAUCCCUAACAACCUUCCGAGGGGCUUGUAUCUCUAUGGUGACGUGGGUUGUGGCAAGACCAUGUUGAUGGAUCUGUUAUACGAAACUCUGCCUCCAUCUGUCAAGUCAAAAAGUCGAAUUCAUUUCAACAACUUCAUGCAAGAUGUACAUAAGCGACUUCAUAGAUUCAAAAUGGAGCAUGGAAACGACAUUGACGGGGUACCAUACAUCGCGGCCGACAUUGCUCAGCAGGCAAAUGUGCUCUGUUUCGAUGAAUUCCAGUGCACAGAUGUAGCAGAUGCAAUGAUUUUGAGACGACUGCUUGAAUCUCUCAUGGCAAACGGUGUGGUCCUGGUAACAACUUCCAACAGACACCCCGACGAGCUGUACAAGAACGGUGUCCAGCGAGAGUCAUUCAUCCCCGCCAUCGAACUUCUCAAGAAUCGCUUGCAUGUCAUAAAUCUCGACUCGCCAACCGAUUACCGAAAGAUCCCUCGACCUCCAUCUGGUGUAUAUCACACGUCACUCGACAGCCAUGCGCAUGCGCACGCAGAGAAAUGGUUCCGGUUCCUCGGCGAUCCUGAACAGCCUGAACCUCGACCCGAGACGCAAAAGGUCUGGGGUCGUGAGAUUUAUGUUCCUCGAGUCAGCGGACGAGCGGCAUGGUUCACCUUCGAUGAAUUGAUUCGACAACCAAAAUCUGCCGCUGAUUUCAUUGAGCUGGUUCGGGCUUACGAGGCAUUCAUUGUAACCGAUAUUCCCGCAAUGACUCACCAGCAGCGAGAUCUCGCGCGUCGCUUCAUCACAUUCAUCGAUGUCGUGUAUGAGGGCAACGCCAAGCUUGUCCUUACUACAGAAAAGCCCCUCUCAGAACUCUUUGUCUCCCGAGAUGAGAUCGCUGAAAGCCUCAUGAAUCAGGGCGUGAAGCACGAGCACGCGGAGGAUGCUGCUGCCAACCAUGACCUGGUACACAGCGUUGACAAGCUCAAAGACUCAAAUCUCUUUGCUAGUUCUGAGGAAGCAUUCGCAUUUGCUCGUGCGCUAAGUCGACUGCGGCAUAUGGAGAGUAAAGAAUGGGUAGAAAGGGGAAUGGGUCUUGAAGCUCAAGGCGGAAAGCGAGAAGUCGACAGAUGGAAGAUUCCAUGUGAAGAGGAAGAGGAAGAGGAAGAGGAAGAGGAAGAGGAAGAGGAAGAGGAAGAGGAAGAGGAAGAGGAAGAGGAAGAGGAAGAGGAAGAGGAAGAGGAAGAGGAAGAGGAAGAGGAAGAGGAAGAGGAAGAGGAAGAGGAAGAGGCGAAGCGAGCGUUUGCCUGGUCUUGUACUUAUAACUGUAUGAUGACGCCUGUUGAACCGAGCAGUUUGGAUUCACACAUGAGCAUAUUUGCCUUCUAUAUAUAG